AUGAUUAGCGGCAACAUGCUCCCAUAUUCGGCAUUUACGUUUAUUGCCGUUGCAUGGCUUCUCUACCGACUGGUUCUCUUUUUAAAUAUUCCAGUUUGGCGGAUCGUGUCGACACUAGGGCUUCAGGUACCACAGACAACAAGAGUGUCCAUUGAUGAAGUGACCGAGGAAACAAUCACAGUGCGAUGGGAAAACGAGCCCGCCACUGCAGUAGAGAAGACCGGCUCCUCAAUUUGCCACUAUGUAUUGUAUCUGAACAAUGUCAAAAUUGGCUCCAUACCGAACAUACCUACUUCGCUGUACACUUGCUGUUUAUUGAAAGGCCUUUCGCCUCACACCCAAUAUCAGUUCGACUUUGUGUGUAUCAAUCAAGAUGGGUUCAUGAAUAAGGGGCCCUCCAUUUAUGUGAUGACCAAACCCAAAGGACCCGAUAAACACGCCAACCAGGUGUACCAGGAAGAACUUGAUGCCAACCAAAUGUUAGCGCCUAAUUUUCCGGCUGAUACAAAAUGGAGAAAGAGCCAGAAAAUUGUUACAACCGAGUCACCCACAUCUUAUGCGAGUCUAACUUCUCUCCCAGACUUGGACGACUACUCGAUAACCGAUUUGAAGAAUAUCUUAGUUUGUGCCCAAGAAGAUCUUCACGACGUUCUACAGCAAGAGACGUCUAUACUACAAGAUUUCCACGAAAGUGAAGUUCAGUUGAAACUAGAGCUGGAUAAUUUGAAAGCACAAUGGGCCCACGACAUCGAUUUAAGAAAAAGUCUAAAGUCUAGCAUCAAAUCACUGGAAAACUCUAAGCUACUUUACGACCUCAAGCGCGGCAAGCUAGACAAGAAUAUUGACCAAAGCUUGAAGAAAAUCCAGAAAAUGACAGAUGACAUGGCCAGAUGGGACCAGGAGAGAAAGACCCAACUAAGGCAGAACGCUUUACAAGAACAGUUUAAAGCUGAAAGAGAGUCUCUUGUUGAGAGGAUCGAUGACGUGUCGAAUCAAAUUAAAGCACUUCACGAUCAAGUUGUGAGCCAAGAAGAAGAAAACAAAAAAUUGAAUUCGGUGAAAAAAUCUUUAGACUCUACGCAAAAUGCUACCUCUACAACAACACUAGCUAGCACGAAUUCUUCGAAAAGGAAUAGUCCUGUUGAAAUUGGCGCUCAAGCUCAAAGCUUGAAUACCAUAAUGCAAAAAAUCAAUACGUACACCAAUGAAAGAACUGGGGUGCUAAGUGGCCAGGGGCAUGAAUUCCUGAAUUCUCUGUGCGAAAAUUCGGUCGUUGUGGCUUUGAUUAAAGAGGAGGCCAAAAAAGACUUUGCCUUAGACCACCAAUGGCGUACCAUAAGGACCAAACUCAAAAGGCGCAACGACAUGAUGGAAUCUAUGUGGACCGACAUAAGUUUGAAAAAUCGAGAGCUCAUGGCAAGUAUAGCAGCUCAACCGUAUGCAUCUGUUAACCAUCCGUCUUCGCCAAAUGGUGGCACGCCCCAUCUGACUUUGCAUGAUCCCAGCACAUACGUUUCAGAGAAUUCCAUGCAUGACCAGGCGCCCUAUUCCAAUGAGUCUUUCCGACACGCGUCACCUCCGCCAAGCGUCAACGGAAUGAUCUAUCCUAACUGGAGCAUCCCCCUAAACGGUAGUCAUCAAGCUCAAGCCAAUAACGAAGAUCAAAAUUUUGAUUACGACAACGCCAAUCAUCUAUUAAGUGGUCUCCAAAAUAUGAUCUCAGAAGCAGAUUACCAAGCCACUAAUGUCAGUACGUCCAAGUUAUAUACCACUGACCAGUUGGACAACUAUUGGAGUCGUCAGACGAACCCUGAAUUCAGGGCCCAGGCACAGCGGGAAAGGCACCCUUCACCGCCUGCACAACUCCCUUUGCAGUCACCUGCCUCAAUCUCCGAGCCCCAGAAUUUCUCUCAUUCCCGCAUGCUAAGUAACGAGUCCUUUGUCCCCGUUUCCGUUCCACGCGAAGACGAGCUGUCAGGGUUUGUUCAUACUCCUAUGGUACAGAGGGACGACCUUACUUCUUUUGGUUCCGGUUACAGUAAUGAACCCGCGAUGAGAACUUCGCCCUUAUCAUUGCCUUUGCAAGAGGAAUUCAGCAAGGAGGGCAUUUUUGGUUCGCCUCAUUUCAACACGAUAUGGAAUCCCGCAAAAGUUAUUGAAACUCCGACUGUGGAGAAGCAUGAUACGCCAAAAUCCCAACAUACAAGAACCAGUAGCCGUGGAAGCUGGGGACUACCUCACUUCAUGCAAAAAUCGCCAAACAAACUGGAAUCAAAAGGAAAUACUGCUGGGUCCUCGAAUGGCGAACACAAGGAUCGAGAAUCACAUGGAAGUGAGCGUCGCAUGUCAAAGUUGCUCACUAAAAGUGGAAUGAAUCACUUGUUUAGGUCUCCAACUCACGACUCGUCGUAG